AAUCUAGCAACCCUGCUUAUCUGUUUGUGAAAAUUUUUGAAGAACUUGUUUAUUUUCAAACUUUUGAUUUCUUCGAUUGAAAAUUUGAUGUGCUAUCCUCUAAUUCUCUGAUAAAACAGUAGUUUGUGGAUAUAUUUGAACGAUUAUCAACAAUUGUUGAGUAUGUAUUCAUCAUUCGGAUCAAGGAGAAGAGACGAUAACUACGAUUCUUCAUAUUCAUCGGAAUAUCGACCCGACACGAGUGUAUCCAGUUACAACACCGCGGGGACGACGUAUUAUGGUUAUGUCAAUCAUUCGGCAUCUCUUGUUUCCUAUGACCAAGGUACUCAAAGUACAACACCUUUACCACCCAGAACAAAUUAUUCUUAUGGAAGCAAUGAGUCAAACUAUACUUCGGAACCGUUUUCGCCAGUUUAUAGCACUAACGUCUCCUAUGGUGUCCAACCUUCAGACAGCAGUCGGUAUGUUCCUGCAUACGCCAACGCUGUAUAUUCAGCUGUCACGUCGGGCGUGGGACAAACAGAAAGUUCAACCAGUAAAAGGCAAAACGCGACCCAGCAAUGGGUAAGAUCUGAUUCUUUACGCCAAGCCGCUCCUAUUGCGGGAGGAAAUGGCAUGCGAUUGCUCCAAAAGAUGGGAUGGUGUCCAGGCGAGGGCCUAGGCAAAAGAAAAGACGGCUCUCUUGAACCACACCUGCCGUACAUCAAAACGAACAAAAGGGGUUUGGACGUAUCUAGAACAUUACAUCAAAACAAGUCUUUCCGAAAUUCGCAGAAAAAUGGAGGACCUCGGGCGAAACCGAAACGUACAUUAAUAACCGAAGGCAAACAUCCCAUUUCGAUUUUAGCCGAAUAUUGUAGUAAGCAAAAAUGGGAUCCUCCUAUUUACCAAGCUGUUGUGGAUGAAGGACCUAUCCACGCUAAAAAUUACGUUUUCAAAGUGACCGUCAAUGGAACGGAAUAUAAAGCGGAAACGGGUAGUAACAUAAAGCAAAGUGCAAAAUCUGAAGCUGCAAUGGUGUUUCUCCGCAAGUUUAAUAUUAUACAUAACUAGAUGAUUGAUUACUGAAUAAAACAUCAUGAAUCAUCAACCGAAGUAAUGCGCGUCAAGAUAUAUUUUGACCCCUAGAUUACAGAAGACGAGGCGAGCAAAAUGUUGUAUUAGGGAAAGCGAGUGAAAUUUGGCUGGUAACAGCUGAGUGACAGACGAGCUUCUCGUCCAAAAUCCAGCCGACUCGCCAUCUGCAAUACCAAAAUUGGUCAUACGAGUGAAGCCGAUGUUAUAGUGCACGCAAAUAGCGGUGUGAAGUGAUUUGCCUUGUCGUAGGUUAAUGAACAGCCAGUACAGUGAAUAGAGCUUGACACUAGGCACGGCAAGGCGAAUUACCUUGCACCGCUAUUUGCGCCCACUAUAACAUCGGCUUAACACACCGCUCGCCACGGUUUCUGUAAUAGGGGUCUAUAACUGGAUAUUGAGUCUUAACAUAGAGAAUACUUGCUAUUCCAAAUAAGUCGCAACAAAUGUGAAUUUUUUAGUGGGUAUGUAAACUGUAACUCGAUUUUACCAAGCUAUACUUUGCAUUUGUUUGAUAAUGUGUUUCAGUAGUAAAUUACAACAUUAAAACUUAUCUCACACAAAUCUAAA